AUGUCUUUGUUGAAUAAUAUUGGAAUAACAUUUUUUUCCACAAGUUUAAUUCUGUGUAUUAUAUUAUGCACCGACAAUUACGUACUCGCAAAAGAGAAUGAGGCCGAAAGUAUAUCAAAAAUUGGUCAAGGAGUCGGCCACAUUAUGAAUAUUUAUUAUUGUUAUUCUUGUGGCUACAGAAAAGUAUUUGAUGAUUAUGCUGCAAUAAUACAACAGAAAUAUCCACAAAUCUCAGUCUUGGGCGAAAAUUACGAUCCUCCAGGCCUAAAUAUGUAUCUUUCUAGAAUUAUUGGAUUUGGAAAGAUGAUUUUAAUAAUGUGUAUAUUGAGCGGAGUCAAUAUUUUUGCUUGGUUAAAUAAACCUCAACCAGCCUGGUGGUCCUGGUGCCUUGAAAAUAAAUUAUAUGCUUGUAUGAUGAUGUUCUUUUUAGCAAAUAUGAUAGAGGGGCAUUUGGUUUCAUCAGGUGCAUUUGAAAUCUCACUUGAUAACAUUCCAUUAUGGUCCAAGUUGGAAACUGGACGAAUCCCUCAACCACCAGAAUUAUUUCAAAUCAUAGAAAAUACUUUACAGUUUUCAAAGAUGGAAAUGUCUAACAAUUUUGCAGAG